CUUCAGAAAGAGUCGGACUUUUUUAUGAAUUUCAUUGAAGGCCACAGAACUGUAUCCGAGUUUUGUAAGCAAGAAGUAGAGCCCAUGUAUAAAGAGAGUGAUCACAUCCACAUCAUUGCUCUCACACAGGAGUUCAAAGUUGGCGUCCGAAUCGUUUACAUGGAUAGGGGAGAGGCAGAGAAGGCCAACACUCAUGAUUUCGGUAUCGAUGAGGGGUCGGCCGAACCGCCCAAAGUAUAUCUCCUCUACAGACCGGUAAAAUAUUACGCGUUGGCCUUCAUCUGCAGCUCUUCCAACUCAGUCUUCGGCACAACCGCUCCGUUCAUCUCUUCAGCCCCGGGCGGACCCGCACUCGUCACGGCUGGUGGCGCUGGCAUUGCUUGUGGUCACUGCGAGUGGUGGCAAACGGACACCGAUUUGUCGAUUAAACUGUCUCCAACGCCUAUAACACGACUCCUGCGCAACGCAUCCACGCAUUCAUGA